UGUCAAAGUCAAGUGAUAUUGACAUAACACAUAUUAUAUUUGCUUUAAUCAGAUUUAAUAAUUUAUCAGUUAUUGCGAGUGAACUUGGUAAAAUAUCCUUCUUAAUUAACCCAUUUUUAUUAACAUAUAUUGCGACAACGAUGAAUUUAAAAGCAGAAGGUAUCACUGAUGAACUGGAAAUGGAUACUGUUUGUGAUUUGUUGGAUAAAACUUUACUUCAACAACUACAUUUGAUGGAGGAGAAAAUGAAAUAUGAACUUAUUAUGGAAUCAAACAUUAAACAUGGUAGUAUACAUCUUGCCAAGUCCAGAUAUAUAAUGGGCCAAACUUCAGUUAGCACUACAAGAUUACCCGUAGAAAACAGUCCAGAAUUUUCUGCAUCAACUGUUUGUGAAGAAACAGUGAUAGAUAAUAACAAGCAACUCCAAGUUGUAGAAAAUAACGACAGUAAUACAGUAAACCCCUUACACUGGUUUGGUAUAUUGGUGCCUCAAAACUUACAUGAGGCAAAGAAAGUCUUCCGGAGAACCAUAGAUGUGGUUGUGGACUGCAUAAAUUUGCAAUUACGUUUACUAGAGAACAUGAAGAAUAUGGAAGCUUUGAAACAGUAUAAAAAACUAUUAUUGAAUGAUACACUUUAAAUUUUCAGUAUUAAUAAAAGAUAAGUUAAGAUAGAUAUGAUAGUGUACACAAUACUAAUAUUCAAUGUACAAUGUAAUUCAAUUUGUUAGCAUUUUAUUAAAUUUAAAACUUAACCUUUAAUUUUUUUUUUCAACAUAACUACUAUGAUUUUAUAAUAUGGGUGGUUUCAAAUUAUGAGUUUUCAACAAGUUUGAGGGUGCAAAAAUCACUUUUAUAUAAGGAAGAAAUAAUCUUACAGCAACAAUGAUGGGUGUUUUUUUGCACGCCAUUUAUUUAUGCUUGAUCACUACUGUCCACUGUCAAACUGUUCUGGCAUAAUGUAAACCAGGUAUAAGGUAUAGAAGGAAGAGGGUUAAUAAAAACAUUUUUUUUUAA